AUGGCGGCCCUCCUCCUCCUCCUCCUCCUCUCCGUCCUACCUCUCUCCACCACCUCCGCCGCCGCCGACCACCGUACGCAUUUCACAGACCCGUCGCACUCCUCCCUCUCUCUCGUCCCGCCCCAGGUCAUCCGGGCCUGCCGGGCCACCAGGUUCCAAGACCUCUGCGUCUCCUCCCUCUCCCGCUCCAAGCCCCCCCUCACCAAGCGCCCCUCCCCCUCCCUCUCCGUCAUCCUCGCCGCCGUCGCCGCCUCCUCCGACGGCCUCAACACCGCCCAGUCCAUGCUCAAGUCCGUCCUCGCCUCGUCCUCCGGCCACCGCAGCCUCAACCUCACCGUCCACUCCAAGAACUGCCUCCAGAUCCUCCCCCUGUCGCAGCACCGGAUGAGCUUGACGGUGUCGGCGGCGUUGCCCCGCGGCAGGAUCAAGGACGCCCGCGCGUACAUGAGCGCGGCCCUGGAGUACCAGUACAACUGCUGGUCCGAGCUGAGCUACUCGAACGAGACGGCGAUGGUGGACCACACGAUGUCGUACCUGGACACCCUCAUGUCGCUCACCAGCAACGCCCUGAGCAUGAUCGUCGCGUACGACGUUCGCGGGCCCCAGAUGGACUCCUGGAGCCCGCCCGCCACCGAGCGGGCCGGGAUCUGGGAGUCCGGCCCCGGCGGAGGGCCCGCCUCGGGGUUCGCCGGCGGGGUCCCGCGGGGGCUGACGGCGGACGCGACGGUGUGCAAGAACGGGGGUCAGGGGUGCCACGGGACGGUGCAGGACGCCGUGAACGCGGCGCCGAACAACGGCGAGAGGGGGAGGAGGUUCGUGAUCCACAUAAAGGAAGGGGUGUACGAGGAGAUUGUGAGGGUUCCGGUGGAGAAGAAGAACGUGGUGUUCGUCGGCGACGGCGUGGGCAAGACGGUAAUUACGGGGUCUCUGAACGCCGCGAUGCCCGGAACCUUCACCUACAAUACGGCUACUGUUGGAGUAUUCGGGGAUGGAUUCAUGGCACGUGGAAUCACGUUCCAGAACACGGCCGGUCCGGAUGUCCACCAAGCCGUGGCCUUCAGAUCAGACAGUGACCUGUCUGUCGUCGAGGACUGCGAGUUCUUGGGCAAUCAAGACACUCUCUAUGCCCACUCUCUCCGCCAGUUCUACAAAUCCUGCCACAUCGAAGGGAACGUGGACUUCAUUUUCGGGAACGCCGCCGCGGUGUUCCAGGACUGCACGAUCCUGGUGCGGCCCCGGCAAGUCACUCCCGAGAAGGGCGAGAACAACGCAAUCACGGCCCAUGGGAGGACAGACCCUGCUCAGUCGACGGGCCUUAUAUUCCACAAUUGCUUGAUCAAUGGCACGGAGAGGUACAUGGAACUGUACCGCAGCAAUCCUAAAGUGCACAAGAACUUCUUGGGCAGGCCCUGGAAAGAGUACUCCAGGACGGUGUUCAUUGGUUGUCGUAUGGAAGAGCUCAUAACCCGGGAGGGAUGGAUGCCUUUUAGGGAGGAUUUCGCGCUGAAAACGCUUUACUACGGAGAGUUUGGGAAUUCAGGACCCGGGUCGGACUUGUCGGGGAGAGUUUCUUGGAGCAGCCGCAUCCCGGCGAAGCACACGAACGAGUACUCCGUGCAGAACUUCAUCCAGGGCAAUGAGUGGAUUCCUUCGUCGGCUUCUCUACUGUGAAUCGAAAUUAUGUCAGGGACGAUGGAUUAGACAUGGUUGUGUUUGUGGAAGAUCUGGGAAGAACCUCGGCAUGUGCUUGUAUGUUUACUAGAGUAGCGGGAUGUAAGAUUAAAUCCCAUCCUCUGUGCAUGUAGACAUGUGAAAUGAAUAAUCUCAUCUCUGCAGUUUUAGAGAAUUCUUCA